AUGUCGGAGCUCAGAGGCUUACAGGGAUUAAAUGAAGUGCGUCCCUCUGUGUACCGCACUGCAAUGAAGCUCCGCUCCUUACAGAAACUCUGCCAUAUGCAUGUUGUGACUCUGCGGGAGCUCAUCCCAGCGCUGCGCUCUCUGGGCGGAGCCAGCAACCCUGGGGCAGGGCUUAGUAAGCAGGAAGUGAUGCAGGGCAUGAGCAGGAUGUUUCAAAUCGUGGAGCAGGAAGUACCUGGUCAGGUGUCGGCUGAGGCACCAGAACAAACCUGCAGACUGCUGUAUAGACUCUAUGACCGAGGACAGGCUGACACUGUCUGUUGCAGGUCAGUCGAAGCUGCACUCAUCGCUCUCUCAGCAGACACGCUAUCAGCCAAACACAGGGCUCUGGUCGCUCUGGCAGAGAGGUGCAGUGGGAGGGAGGGAGGCAUGGUCAGCAGGAGCGGUCUCAGAGUCCUGCUGCAAGACCUCAGCCAGGUCCCGGCUGUAGUGCAGGAGAGCCAUGUGUUCGGCUCAGCAGAGACAGCUGUUCGUUCCUGCUUCAGUGGGGUGCUGAGUGCAAGUGUGCGUGAGGAGCACGUCCUCUCGUGGCUGCAGUGUGAGCCCUGUCUGCUGCUGUGGCUCUCCACCCUGUACCGCCUGUCGGUCAGCGAGAGCGUCACACACUCCGUCCGCUGCCACGCCUGCAAGACCUACCCUAUCACAGGACUCAGGUAUCGCUGCAUGAAGUGUGUGAACAUCCACCUGUGCCAAACCUGUUUCCUGACGGAAAGACACACUAAAAAACACAAGAGCUCCCAUCCAGUUCUAGAGCACUGCAGUCAGCCCUCCUGGAGAGAAUCCCUGGCCUCCUUAGCAUACAGCGUACGACACACCUUGUUACCACGGCGCUACACACAGAGGAAAGCAGAGAGGAGGGGCCUAAUAAAGGCAGAGACGCAAGAAGAGCCACACACCAGCGUUAUUACCUCUGACCCUUUACAUCAGUCAGAAGUUUCACCCGCCCCUGGCGACAUCCCACCAAUGGACAUAGCACCUUCCAUUAGCCCUCCCCAACCCCUGGACACACCCCUAGCUGUCAUUAUGAGAAAGACAUCUAAAGCCCUCCAGACUGAGUCCGAGCCUCAGAGAAGAGACUCUGUCCUCGUGAACGACAUCAGAGACCUACAAAGGGACAAAUGGCUUCUGGAGAGGCAGCUGCAGGUCUGGAGGGUGGCGGUCCAGUCCGAGCAGGGCAACCUGGAGGACCGCUGCUGUGAGAUGGAGGCCAAGAUGGAGACUCUGAGAAAACACAACCUCAGACUGCAGGACAUGCUCUCAAAGGCUACAGGCAUGUCAGGGACACACACUGAUGUUGUUCCACCUGACCCUGUAACGUCUGGUAAAAUCAAGGCAGAGAGAGAUACAGCCUCUCCUCUGAGUUACGUGAGUUCUGAAUCCUUCUCCGGAUCAAGAAAAGAGGAGAGGAAAGAAAAGGAGGAAGAGAGUGGAGACGAGGACUGCAGAGAGAAUGAAGAAAGUUACCCAGAGAAAAUGCACAGAGUUGAGUUGAAAAGAGCAGAACAGAGAGUCGUGGUUGAUGAUGAGGAUGAGAUUGUGACUGGCUCAGCCAAAGAGACUCAUACUGCCACAAUGCACUGGAGAGAAACCUUUAACCUUCAUACCUGUGAUGGGGAGAAGCGUAUGCUAGAUGGGCAGGUCACAGGACCAAUAGAAGACCAGCCUGUUUCAGAAGAGAAGAAUUCUGGAGUGUGUAGUUUAGUGGAAGAGGAGAAACUGUGUGAGCUGGUCCAACAAUUAAAAAGCAAGCUGUUGCUUGACAUUCACACACAUACAGACUGCAGACAGGAGCCAGGGUUGUUGGAAGCUGCAGAAGAAGUAGGGGAUUCUGUGCGCUGUCUCGUAGCUGCAGUGAAGUCACAUGCUUACCCUUACUCAAACACACUACACACACACUCCGUUUCAAACUCAUGCUACAAACACACUACACACACACUCUGAUUCAAACUCAUGCUACAAAGACACUACACACACACACUCUGUUUCAAACUGAUGCUAUAAACACUCUGUGACCAGUUCUCGAACACAAACGAUCCGGAGAAUGUCUCCAGAAGCAUUACCAAGCCUUUGACGACUUAGGAUGCAGGUUACUGUACAUAACGGUCAAGGUUUUCUAUAUAAACA